AUGACUAGAUGUUUCAAGAAACAUAGUGUAUCUAGUAGACUAAGUUGGGAUUCUGGAUUCUGGAUCUUCCCCCAAGUCAAGCAAGUUGAAAAAUUUUCCUUUGACCUUUCCAAUGCCCCCCACAUCAUCAUGGAUGAUUCCCUGCAUACAAUGGUGGUUAGAAUGCUGAAGGCUGCCUUUGGGACAGCCCCUAUGAUCUCUUCCAGCUCUAUUUUCUCAAAUCACCAGCUCAGGAAGCCAAGACUUCAAUCCUUGGCUGAGUUAAUCAAAGUCAGGGCAACAUUGCAAGGGGAAUCUGGUCUAACUUCAGAUGUUAUUACAUCUUUGGAAGUUAGGCUGGCAUCUGCAGUCAUUACACAUGCCAUCCUCAAUCCCUAUGUGUCAGAUUGGGAUGCAGACAGGUUUUCUGAACCAUUGGUGAAUGCAAAGGACAGGACCAUCCAUUUUGAAAACCCAAAAAUUGGGUAUAUCAAUGCUCCUGCCACAGUUCUGGAUGUGCAUGGCAGGGUGAUAGUAUGGUAUCUGCCUGGUAUCAUCCCAGAUGCAAGGAUAGGGCUGACAAAUUUAAAGAGGUUGGUUGAUACACUCUAUCAAAGCACAUCCCUCAAACAGAAAGCCAAUAGGGAAUGGCUGCUCAAGAUUUCUUAUGUGGAACACUUCUGGAGCAAUAUAGCAAAGGUCUCAUUACCAGAUAUGGCCAGGGCCAGUGGUCAAGCAAUGUUGGCCAGGGCUGGCAGGGUGGAGAAUGAGAUAUCCCUGGAUUGGCCAUCAGUCUAUACCAACAUUGAUAUUAUUGUCAAUCAGGAAACUCCCUCUCACUGA